AUGCCUAAAUUUCCAUUUAAAAAUGUUCAUUUUUAUCACUAUCAAAGAUAUCUAUCUAGGCGAACACCAUGUAAGCUGAAACAUAAAUCCGAAAAAAAGGAAACGAGGGUGAAAAUCGACAUUGCUUGGGCGUCACGAGAAGUUAUAUUUUUUACUGAAUUGGAAAAUUAUGUUUUUCCUUUCAGAUCAACAGUUUGGUCAAUUUUUUCUUGCAGAUUUAUUUACAUUUGUGUGUUGAUUGUCAAAAAACCGUCCAUGGUGAGAAUUCACGGGACUACAGAAGAAGACAUUAAAACAUAA